AUGGGAAACAAAAUAUCCAUUGAUGAUUCAAUAUUUGAACUCAAAUUACAGAAGAAGGAGCUGGAGAGACAAUACAAUAAGAGGGACAGAGAUUCAAAAGCAGAAAGGAAGAAGGCCAAGGAUGCAUUAAUUUCUGGAAAAGCGGAACUAUCAAAGAUUUAUGCAGAAAACUCAUUGAGAAUGCAAGAAGAAUGUAGAGAACUUCUCUUAAUGGUUUCUAAGCUUGACAGACUUUGUGCCAGACUGGAAAAAGCAUCAUCAAAGGAAAAAAUUUCAAAACAGCUUUUAGAUAUUAUUCCAAGACUGAAAAAGCAACUUUCGGAAGAGGGAGUUAUGGGAUACUCAAAUAUGGGCAAGAUCAAAGAAAUUACCCAGUUGCUUAGUAUUAUCGAAGAUUCUCAGCCCGAAAUGGUUGGAGAAAAUGCGGGGAAGGAAAAAUGCAUGCAUACAGAAGAUUCGGUUGAAAAACUGUUGGACGAACUUAUAAAUGAGCAUGCCAUUGAAAUUGACCUGGCUAUUUCCUCUAAAACUGAGAUUACAGAGUUACUAGAAAAAAAAUCAAGGAACAAGGCUACUGAUUGA